AUGGGCUUCUUCACGGGCUUUGUCGGCGGCUUUGCUUUUACCUCAUCUGUUCUCUACAUCACCAUCCAAGUCCACCGUUCAACACGCAUAUCACAACGCAAAGCCAUCCAUGCGCAAGUCGAGCAAAUAGACUGGUUGACUGCCUCAGCUGGUGCCUAUGACCGGCGGUUCCUACCACCAGACAUAUCAAGACAGCAGUGUGAAGAACUGGAAGCGCAGAAACUAGCCGAGCCGACUAUGAAGGAGAUACUCAAACAUAGAUGGAAUAAGGAAGUGGAAGUCUUGGCAAGGAAGGCUUAUGAGACGAGAUGGGAGGAUGUGAGAGAAGCUGCUUCAGAAGGCUGGAGAGCUGCUGUGCGAGUAGUGAAACGGGACUGA